AGCGGAAACAUGGUGACCAGGAAGAUCUGGGUCAAGCGACCAGGGGCUUCGGCCACCAUGGUCACAAUCAACGAAGAGGAUUUGGUCGACGAUGUGCGCGACAUGAUCCUACGCAAAUACGCCAAUUCCCUCGGCCGCCAGUUCGACUCUCCAGACCUCACAAUCCGCAUCGCUCCAAAGGAACAGAACCCUCGUCACCUCCAACCAGACGAACCGAUGGGAAGGACGAUCGAUGCAUAUUUCCCAGGCGGACAAACCGUGGACGACGCCCUUCUGAUCGACGUUCCAACACGCAGAACUCCGAAAGCGUCACCCAAUAUCAGAUACUACAGCGACGAUGUCAACAGGCCUCACGAAUCAGGGACCGAGUACUUUCCACCAUAUCCCCCGGCAGCUCAAUCACACGCAACACUAGCCACCAACGGAGGCGCAAUGCACAUGACUCCUUCCAUGGCCAUUCUCAACAACGGUCAAUUGCCUCCAUUACCCUCUCCUGGCGGUAGCGCUGCGAGACGUCUGGCUGCGAGGCCGAAGAUACAGAGAUUGCAUACUGCUUCUCCGAUAUCGACUGCCACCAGUCAUGUAUCGCACACACAACACCCAGUACCGGUUCCGGCAAGCAUUGGUACGCACACUUAUACUACAAGACCUCAGCGAUCAAGGACUCACUCAGGUGCCUCCACAGAUCAGACAAACCAUGCCGCUCAUCCGCAUGCUCACCCGCCUCCGAGCGCUCCUCCGAUGCCCACACCUCCCGCACCGGAACGCAUUGCCACUCCCCCACCUCCCAGGGUGGCAUCGCCUCGGUCUUUUGCACGCCCCAAGAAGAAGAAGACCAUGGAGGCCCCGUCACUUCCACCUGGCAUGCUGAACGGCAGUGUUCCGCCCAUCAAUGUUCUGAUCGUCGAAGACAACAUCAUCAACUUGAAACUACUCGAAGCUUUCGUCAAACGACUCAAGGUUAGAUGGCAAACAGCAAUGAAUGGCCGAGACGCUGUUACCAAGUGGAGAUCGGGUGGGUUUCAUUUGGUCUUGAUGGACAUUCAGCUACCAAUCAUGAAUGGUCUGGACGCUACUCGCGAAAUCAGAAGAAUCGAAAAAGUCAACUCGAUAGGCGUCUUCUCCUCAUCUGCCAGCCGAGCUCCAGAUGAGGUUCAAGGCGAGCUGGACGAAAAGGAUAAGCUUCCGAACACGGAGAUGUUCAAGAGCCCUGUAAUUAUUGUAGCCUUGACAGCCAGUUCCCUUCAGAGCGACAGACACGAAGCCUUGGCUGCUGGCUGCAACGAUUUCUUGACAAAGCCCGUAAACUUUGUCUGGUUAGAGAGAAAGGUUAUGGAGUGGGGAUGUAUGCAAGCCUUGAUCGAUUUUGAUGGUUGGAGAAAGUGGAAGGACUUCUCGCAAAAGGCACUGGAGGAUGAGUCAGCUAAAAAGGCUGCCGCCGCAAAGGCCAAAGCGAAGAAGCGGCAAUCAGUGUCUGGAGCAGCAACAGCUACGGCUGCUGCUUAA